GUCGUGGGGCUCACGAGCGAGCAAGCGUCGUUCGGCGGCAGGUACGAGGGUAGGGGGAAGCAAGGUAGCGUGGGAAGAGGCAGGUAGGGGGUACGAUGGCAAAAGGCAGAAAUAAUUCCACAUUUGCCGAGCUGGCUCGCACGUGUCACACGCCUCAGGCCCGCACACGUGCGCGCACGCGUCCCUUCUUCUUCUUCUCGGCCUGUUCGCGCGACACGUGAAUAGACGAACGACGAACCGGGACGGCCCAAAACCGGAACAAGGGGAGCAGUGGGGAGGCGUUGAGAGAAAGAGAAAGGGAGAGAGAGAGAGAGAGAGAGAAAAGGGAGCUGUAGGGAGAAAGAGAGAGAAUCGCGAAGAAGGUAGUAGCCGACAAGGAGAAGUGGUGGCAGCCACCGGCACCGCGGCGUGGCAGAGGGUGGCGGAGAGUGUGCAUCGCCGCGAACUGUUGAAAAGGGGGAGAGAAAAAAAUAGGAGGGAGAGCGAACCGGGAAGGAUGCAGUGUGAUAGUCGGCUCCAGGAUCGUGAUUAAAGCCUGUGACGCCGACCAGCCACGCGGAUUUUCCUCCGAAAUAUAUAGCCGGGCGAUGUGCAAGAAUAGGAGGCAAGCAGCCAGGCUCGCGAGCAACGCGUCUCUCCAGAGACCGAAUGGAACGUGAGCUCGCAGUGAGCACCGCGACGCCGCGGCGUCACCCGGACCCGCGUUCGGAUAGGUCAGUUAUCGCGGAACAAACUAGCUGCCGGCGGGUUCGCGUUAGAAUCCUGUAUCAGCCUUUCUCGCACACAGAUCGACCGAGAAUCCACGAGUCUGAAGAGAUGCAGCGGUGUCCGUAUCUCCACGAGAUGAAGGAGCGCUUGCUCUCGCAGCCGACACCGACUGACGGCCUGGACAUGGAACGACUCGAUGGCACUCCUGUGAAGGAGGCCAAUCUGCACAACGAUUAUCCGGCACACACGAACCCAGGAGUGAUUCCUGACCCCCCGGAAAUGCCUCCGGACUCGCUGAUCGGCACAGUCGUCAAGCUGAAUUCUGAUGGAUACGGGUCGCACACGUCGCCGGCCCACGCGAGGCAGCCCUUGGUGCCUCAAAAUUCGAGCAAUCCGCCCCUCUGCCUCACCCCCACGCACACCAGCCCCGGCUCUGGCACGCUGCCAAAGAACGCCAAGACGUCGCUGUUCAUUAUCAUGAGCUUCAUCUAUGCGAAGCUGCUGGUAGUGGUGUGCAUCGCUUACGUGAUCAGCGAGGUGGUCACGCACAAGCUGCCUCUCUACUACUACGAAGGAUUCUUCACGUACCUAUACGGAGUUAGCAUCCUGUUCCUGCUCUACGUGUUCUGCUUCCUGCUGCAAGAGAGCGCUUGGUGUGCUAGGGGUAGCGACACCCCACCUCCGCCACCGAGACCGCCGAAACCUAUCAAAGAACCAAAAGAGAAGAACAAGAAGAAGGAUAAGAAAGACAAGGAGCAGAAGACUCCGAAGACCAAGAAGGAAUACCAGGAUGCGGCGGAUGUUGAAGCUGGAGUUGCUACGCGCGCGCUGAGGAAGCGGAAGACGUCGCAGAACGAUCAGAGCCAUGGAAGUUUCUUCCUUCGAAUCGGAGCAAUCGCUUUCGGAUUGGGGACCAUGGUGUACAACGGUCUGGAGUUCGGCACUUUCUUUGAGGUGCCACCCACGUCCCCGUGCUAUCAGAUCCUCCAGGGCGUGAACCCGCUACUCCAGAUGAUCUUCACUUUCAUGCAAAUGUAUUUCAUCUUCAUGAACUCGAGGCUGAACAUCCACCGCUUCAAAGUGAUCGCGCGUUUCGGCUUGAUGCAUGUCGUCGCCACCAACCUGUGCGUCUGGAUUCGGACACUCGUGCUCGAGAGCAUCAAAGAGAUCACCAAGCAUCAUCAGAAAAUGGGACAGUUCGAGGCCGGAAUUCUUGAGAGCAUCAAGCAGCACUCGAUGCGAAAUGCAGGCGCCAUCUUAGGCACUGCACCUCGAGACGUUGCGUUCUUGCGCGAGGCAUCAUUGACCGCGACCAGAGCGUCGACCUCAGCUGCAUCGACGGUCGCCAGCACGACCGUUGCUCCAUUAGGUCGUGUGAUGAGAACGACGGCGAGGGCGGUUGCCAGGGCCGUCACCACACCGACGACCACCACCACAACCGGUUGGAACCCUCCGCCUUCAACGAUGGCUUCCACCUCGGCCCCUCUGCCUAAUUUGACGACCACCGCCGCGACCACCUUGUCCACUCUCUUGACGACGCUCACGCCGAAAACUACCACCGAAGAAAGGACCACUACCACCACUACUACCACCACCACUGCCAGUACUACGACCACCUCGACGUCCACUACAACCCCAUCGACUACUUUCUCCUUCCUUUCGGAUUUGCUUGAUGCACCAGCAGACAGCAAAGAACAGGUUCACCAGAUCUUCAACGCGAACAAUCACACGAACAGCAGCGAUUACUGGAGCUCGAACUUUGGAAUGAUCGCGGAAGCGUUGACGGACGAGGAAAUGGCAUCCAACUCGUGCGGUCGCGUAAACAUCAUGGGAACCAUCGUUCAGGACGCUGAGCCUUACCUGUUUCCCUUCAUAAUCGAGUACAGUCUGGUCGGAGCUGCAGUGAUUUAUGUGAUGUGGAAGCAUAUUGGCCGGCAUCCUCGUUGGCCUCAUCAGGUGGAGGCUGAUCUCGAACGCCGCCUCGAGGCUAUGUUGUCCCGAAGAGCCGUCGCUUUGGCCCACGCAGGUCACACAAGGGUGGACUGUGUAGGAGCGAGCAAAGGACUAUUCUUCGGCCUGCUGCUGCUGGUCGGUUCUCUGAUCUGCUUGAUUCUCUUCUUCGUGCUGAUCCAUCACCCAGACUUCGGUCUGAUCGCGAUAUACCUGGCGGACGUGUCGCACUGCGUGCUGAUGGUGCUCUCGAUCAUCGCCAUAAUCGUCGGGUUCAUACGCGUGCAGAGCUUGAAGUUCAAGGCGGAGGAGCAGAGCGACUUGAACGACAUCCUGCUGCGCGUCUCCGGCUUCGGGCUGUUCAUCUACGCGGUGUUCAGCGUGAUCGCCGGUUCACUGGCGGCGUUCACGCACGAGCCGAAUCUGCUGGUGAUGCUGACCGGCCUACUAUCAGUGGCCCACGUGAUCCUGCAGAUGCUGUUCAUCGCGGACGUGUCCCGCAGGAGGGUCCACCUGCCAGAGCACGACCGCAGUAAGCCCGGUCGGCAGGUGGUCACCUUCCUGCUGAUUUGCAACCUGACCAUGUGGGUGAUCUACACGUUCGAGUCGCAGAAGGUGAUGGCGAACCCGGUCCAGCUCGACUUCUACGGGUUCCUGGCCUGGGCCAUCGUGCAGAGGGUCACCCUGCCGCUCUGCAUCUUCCACAGGUUCCACAGCGCGGUCACGUUCGCGGAGAUCUGGAAGACCAGCUACAAGGCGCGCCUCGAGUAAACGGGAACUCGCGUCCUUCGUCGGGAUCCACGGCCCGGAGCGAUCGCGAGUACAACGAUCCCCUCGCAGGGGACUGAACAUUCCAACAACCCUCUGCUCGAGUCGAGGGCGCGGUCGUCGAUCGGGACGCGGUACGUGGACGCAGGCUUUCGAGUCGGAACGGAUUCUUCGGGUCCCGGAUCGACGACGCAGCGGAUCAGUCGCAGGCUCGCCGAAGAAACGGGGAUCUUGAUGAACCGGGUGUCCACCCUCGGACCACCUUAUCCUCUUUCCAGUAGCGAUCACGCGGUUGCUCGUCGAGAGGGAACUUAUGUACUCGUCUGUACUCCGCGUCCUCCAGGCCGGACAAGCCGCAUGGGACCGCCAGGAGCCCUUUUGUUUUUCUCUGUUUGUCGGAACACACGUUCAACAGGUUUGGUUCUCGGUUGUUCUCCUUGCUUAAAAGCAGCUUGACACGUUGCUUCCUUGAUCGGCGAGUGAAACGAGGAACGCCAGGACAUGCUGUCGACGGCGUGGACAUCGAGACUUCACACGCCAGGAAGCGCGAAGACCAAAACAAAGACACGGACGAGCAGACCUGCUACCAAUUCUCUGCAACGGAACCAGGGCCCAUUUCCUUUUUCAUCGCGUUUCAAACGUUUCACGAUCUCUAUAAUACUGCCGCCAAAUUUUCUACUUUUAUAUAUUACAUACGUACCCCCCGCCCCAUCAUGCAUCGAGAACAUCGGGGCAGCGGAGGUUCGCUCUUCGGAUCGGUCCCCGCAAUGAGAACACGGGGAUCGGUUGCGAUUCCGGAUAUCGAUGGAGGACGAAGAGCGAAUGAGCGCCUCGAGGAAUCACCUCAUUAGGAAACAAGUACGUUCUUCGUUAGCACAGUCUGCGAUAGCUGUAGAGCAAGAAACAAAGCGUUCGAGAGGAAAUCGCAAGAGAGGGGUGCGGAACGAAGCUGAGGAGGCUCGAUGCAGGAGCAGGGUGUCAGUUUCGCUGCGAUUCGCGCAUUCUUUAAAUGCAAUUUGGCAGGAUAUGUCUCGAAAACGUGCGAGAGAGAAUUAAACGGGUUAAUUUUUCUAUUUAAUUAUCGAUUGGUCAAGUACGAUGUAAAGUGCGAAAGAAACGCGAAACUGUUUAUCAAUGUGUACAUUCGUGAGCUUUCUCGAGGGAGAGAAUCUAACGUUCUAGUUUAUUUGCAUUGCUUUUUGGAUUUUCUUUGUACGAAAGGUAAAGAUUCUUUUAUAAAGAGCUACCGUUUGCUUCAUACUUCUCACUACAUUAAAAAGAUUAUGUUACUAGAAGACGCAUGGAUAUGUCGAAUAAUCAAAUGCACUUCAAACUACGUUUACAAGAUCUCAACACUUCUUGUUUCGUAUUCUUUCUUGAUGGUUUAUUGUUGAUAAAAAUAUCACAUUAGUGCAACAGAGUAUGCAAAUAUAGACUAGCAAAGUGUGAUCUAGUUCCUACGCUUCUCUUUUCAUUUAGCAUCAUGUUAGUGGAGGAAGUAUGGAUAGAGGAAACGAUUAAAUGCGCAUCAACUUUAAGCAUCUAGAAGAAGUUAGCUCCUCUUGUUUCUCAUUCCUUGGUGCUUGACUUUACACUGAUGAACGUUAAAAGCACAAAUAUUUGAACCUCUUAAUUAACGCAUUGAGAUGGUAGAGAAGACCCUUGGCUAUCAGUUCAAAGGUUUAAAUAAAUGUAAAUUUGUUUUCUCCAAUGUUUGCCACGUUUUCGAGAGUGCAUCCGCUGGUGCAUCAUCGGAGCAGAUUCUUGGUCUCGCGGAUAAUCUCUUUCGUUCUGACGGAGAGGAUCUAGCAAGAUCCGAAUGAAGGAUCAUGGGGAGAGAUCGCGAGAGAGUUGUUACAUUGUUCCGGCGUUCUUUCUCGUCGCGUGCUGCCAGAGUACAAAAUCGUUUCUAAACUUUUAGAAUCUUUUAUCGACACACUGUCGCGACAUUCGCGAAUUGCGCGUGUAGAGAAAAGACGUACGGUGAAAGAAAGGAAGCUGAAGGAAGACGAAUGAAGGUCGAGAGACGCGACGAGGAAAGAAGGUGCGAACGAGAGGGACGAAUGAUGGUUAACGUGCAGCGAGUUCGAGCGCGGAUCGUUCUGUACAGAGAGGGUAGAUCGCAGUUUCUUUUUCUCUGGAUUUUCUUUUCCUUUCUUUUCAUUCUCUUUUCGUAAACGUUCCCCAAGGAGACAUGCUCGAGGAUGUUCGGUGACGGAGAAGAGAAGGCGAGAGGACCGCGAAUGAAGCGUAGAUUUUAAUGAUCGCAGGCGGCGUUUCAAGAUGGUGGACGGCCGGCGGAAACAAGUGAACGGAAACGAACAAAAGCGGAAUGAACAAACAAACAAACAAAAAAUAAAUGUCGAUAGCCGGUCGCACACAUGGUAGAGAAUAAUCUCAUACACGCAUUUGUCACACGCAUACAUAAAUACAUACAUUACGUGCGUACGUACACGGACACCCAUUUCACGAGAGAUAAUUAUUAAUUACCAUUAUCGAUUAGCGUUUAAGCCUAUCUCGGAGAAACACACACAAAGAGAGAGAGAGAGACAGAGGAACGGAUAGGUGGACCUUUCGCAUUUACACUUCGCUAUGGAUAUCGUGCGUAGAUCGUUGAGAACAAGUGAAAAAUAAUAGUAAUAAUAAUAA